GCCGAGAAACAAUCGGUGCUGAUCGUUGUCACCUAGACUAUUCAAAAAGGCUUUCUCAAUCUCCAAUGGAGAAUCUGAGUUUUCACGACGGGAAUACCUACAAUCUUCUCGAGAGAAGGUCGAUGGAACCGAGUCACGAUAUUGAUCAAAGACUGCAAAUACACUCUUCCUUGAUCCGAAGGCUUUCUCAGGAAAGAGUAUUGGAGGGACAUCAAGGUUGUGUUAAUUCUCUUGACUGGAAUUCUGAAGGUUCAUUGUUGAUAUCUGGAUCAGAUGAUACAAAGGUUAACAUUUGGGGUUACUCUAGUCGUAAGCUUUUGCAUUCAGUAGAUACAGGACAUUCCUCAAACAUAUUUUGCGCAAAAUUUGUCCCUGAAUCUUCUGAUGAGCUUGUGUUGUCUGGAGCUGGAGAUGCUGAAGUGAGAUUAUUUAAUUUAUCUCGGCUAAGUGAGAGAGCUAGUGGUGAUAAUGCUAUCCCACCGUCAGCCUUGUUCCAAUGUCACACACGAAGAGUGAAAAAACUAGCUGUUGAAGUUGGUAACCCCAAUGUUGUAUGGAGUGCUAGUGAAGAUGGGACUCUAAGACAGCAUGAUUUCCGAGAGUCCACAUCUUGUCCUCCUUCCAGGUCUGCUCAUCAAGAAUGUCGCAAUGUUCUGCUUGACCUGCGGAAUGGAGCAAAAAGAUCACUGGCUGAUCCUCCUAGGCAAACUCUUUCCCUUAAGUCUUGUGAUAUAAGUUUAACAAGGCCGCAUUUGCUUCUCGUCGGUGGAAGUGAUGCAUUUGCUCGUCUGUAUGACAGAAGGAUGCUACCACCACUGACAUCCUGCCAGCAAACGGCAUCUCCUCCUAUGUGUGUCAAUUAUUUCUGUCCAAUGCAUCUUUCUGAACGUGGGCGAUCAAACUUGCACCUAACACAUGUCACUUUCAGUCCUGAUGGAGACGAGGUUUUACUUAGUUAUAGUGGGGAGCAUGUGUACUUGAUGAACGUAAAUUACGGCAUUGGAUCUAUGCAAUACAGUCCUGGAGAUGUAGCAACCCUGUUUUCUUUCAAUCAAAUAUUCCAUGGUGUUGAAUCUCAACCUCAGGUCUCCAACUUUUCUCAAAAUGACAACCACAAAAGCAGCAACCAUGCAAGGCUGAAAAUGUGCAGGGAGUUGGUCGAAAUGGCUAUAAGAUCCUUAGAAGAGGGAGCUGACAUUUAUUAUGCAAUAGAGGCAUGCAAUGAAGUUUUGGAUGGGUAUCCCGAUGAGAUUGAAUCUGAGUUAAAACAUGAGUGCCUUUGUACUCGUGCCGCCUUAUUGCUCAAGAGGAAGUGGAAGAAUGAUGUUCAUAUGGCUGUACGAGAUUGUCAAAAUGCUCGAAGAAUCAACGCUUCCUCCUUCAGAGCUCAUUAUUAUAUGGCUGAAGCAUUGCAGCAAUUGGGGAGGUAUAAAGAAGCACUUGAUUUUGCCGUUGCUGCACAAAGUCUGAACCCACCACCUAAUUCUGAUAUAGUGACUAAGGUGGAGAGUAUCAAAAGGGAUUUUGAGGCAGCGGAAGCUGAAAAAAAUGACAAGACAGACGGUCAGACUUCUAGAGUACUUUCAUUGAGUGACAUACUCUAUAGAUCAGAGGCCAACAGUGACACUUCACAUGAUAUGCCGAGAUCUGAAAGAGAAGGAUCUGAGAAUGAUGAGGAACUGGAGCUGGAUACUGAAACAUCAGGAUCAGGUGAUAGAGGACGUGAAUAUGAUGUGGACUCGAAUGCUCUGUGUGGAAAUGAUAACCAACAAUUUCCCUGUGUAGUUGAUAGAGCUGCAGAAAACGCUGGUUCUAGUGGCUCCUCUGGCCCUCCAUCUUCGUCAUUGCAAAAUGACAAGUCUUAUCAGCCAGAGCAAUCCAUAGAUAUGAAACGUAGAUAUAUUGGCCACUGUAAUGUUGGAACUGAUAUUAAGCAGGCCAGUUUUCUUGGUCAGAGAGGUGAAUUUGUUGCUAGUGGAAGUGAUGACGGUAGGUGGUUUAUAUGGGAGAAACGGACGGGUAGGCUGAUAAAAAUGCUUCUCGGGGAUGAAGCUGUUGUGAACUGCAUACAAUGCCAUCCAUUUGACAGUGUCGUGGCAACCAGUGGAAUCGACGACACUAUAAAGAUAUGGAGCCCAACUGCGUCAGGCCCGUCAAUUGUUGCGGGCGGAUCAGCUGGACCCGAGACCGCCAAUGUAUUGGAAGCUAUGGAGGCUAAUCAGCAAAAACUAAGCCGUAACCGUGAGGCUAUCCUGCCCGUGGAGCUGUUGGAGCGAUUUCGAAUGCACGAGUUUUCGGAGGGAACUUUGCACCCAUUUGAAUGUACUCAAAGCUAAGUAGGGUCGGCUUUCAGUUUCAGGUAACCUUCUUACAUAACAAAUAUAAAAAAACAUUAAACUGAUCUAAUAAUACUAUUAUGCCUUUUGAAAAAGUCAAACGCCUUUUAUGUUCAUUCAUUGCCAAGUCAAAAGUC